UCUGCCUCUGCAGGCUGGUGACUGCCUGCUGAUGACUCAUUGAAAGACAACAACACACAGAGUCUGUGAGACCCUCCCCUGAGGUUCUUCUUUUUUCUCAGCAUCUGCAGCUGGAGGAGCGAUAAGAGGAGUAAGAGCUGCCUCUGCUGCCGAUCCGAUGGAGAGAAAGCAAGGAUCUUCUCAUCAGUACGGUUCAUUGGAGCGCACUGAAUGGAGCAGUGACACCAGCAAACCAGAUGAUGAUGUGGUGUCCAUGGCCGACUCUACCAUCACUGUGGACGACAUCGAGGGCGAGCUCUUGAAGAUCGAGAGAAUCAGAGAUGUCCUGGUCAGGAGGGAGUCGGAGCUCAGAUACAUGAUGGAUGACAUUCAGCUGUGCAAGGAAAUCACUCGUCUAAAGAUGGAGCUGCACAAAUUAGUAUCCAUACCAGAUAAUGACAAGUCCAACGAGGACCGGCAGAAGGAAGACGAACUACUGCAGCAAAUCCACAAACUGGUUGAGACAAGAGAUUACCUUGUAGAUGAUGUGGAGUUUGAACGACUAAGGGAGAAAGAAGAAGAUAAAGAAAUGGCAGAUUUCCUCAAGUCCAAAUUUCCCAAAAAUAUAAUGAAGACAGGUGUACCAACCAGACGAGUGCCGUCCAGGGCUCAGCAGACCUCUUCUCCCUUCACCAAGACGGGCCUCACCCUGCUGAAGGAGUGCUGUGGCUUCACCUGCUCUAUCAUGUAGACUGGAUCCAAAGUGGAGAGCUCCAAAACUGACCACUGCAGAACAACAAUAAUAAUAAUAACAACAAUAAUAACAAUAAUGAUAAUAACUUUGAUUUCUAAAGCGCCUUUCACAAAACCCAAGGUCGCUGAACCAGGAACAGUAAGUAGAAAACAGAACAAAAACACACAGGAACAAGUGACAGUAUUUCCAGUUUCAGCUUUUUAGUCCAAGAAAGACUUAGAAACAUGGACGGAGCAGUUUCCCAAAGGAUGUGCUGAUGUGUUCGUCUUUCACUUUCAUUUUAUUUUGCAUCACUACUGUCACUUUCUCUCUUUCCAUACAUUCUUCCAUUCUUUCUUCGUGUUCAUUGUCACAUGCCCUCCUCGUGUAAUCUUUAUUUCAAGUCAGAAGCAAAAAACCACUUGAAUUCACGACACACCCACAAUUUUGUUUUGCACUGAAAGACUUAAUUGGUGCGUUAGUAACAGUCGUCUCUCAUUAAAAAUGAACUGUUCUGCGGGAGCCUGCAGGUCAGUGCAGACACACAGCUGGGACUUCAUAAUUAGCACUUCAGAGAUAACACUAAUGAAUGUGACAUUAAUCUGAGGCUCUGUCAGGAUGAAGUUACCUGUGAAAAUGACUAUGACCUUUUGGAAAGUGGUGGGUUGUUUGCCAGUUCUUACUUAUUUUGGCAAGACCAACUUCUCCUGCUCCAGUAUUUUACUUGUUAUUUAUUAUUAUUUAUAGGAACUGAAAUACUGCCAGCAGAAAGAAGAAGGUGAGUACAUACAGUGUGAAUAUGUACGUGCAGUAUCACAUCCAUUCAAAGCAAACAUGAGCAGACCAAGGUGUGUGUGUGUAUAUAGAUUAUUUCAGUAUGAAUAAUGAAUCCUGGUCCAUUACUUUCCUUUUUUUUUUUUUUGUCUUUUACCAUCCAUACAUAUUUACAUUGAUGUUGUGGAUCAACGUUGAGUUCAGUACUGUAUAUAAUAUUCCAUUGAUUCACAAAAUCAGGAAAUGUGCAUCAGGAGGCACAUUUUCCAAUCUAAUCCAGAGGUCAACAAAGUGCUGUGCACAAAACAUAAAAUGCUACGCAGAGCGGAAUAUUAUAGAAUUAUUUCAAGUGUAAGAAAUAUGUGUUUCAUACACUAUAUGAUUAUAUAUUACUUCUACGAGCCAGGGUUGAAACCCCUUACAUCUUCUACUACAUUUUUCAUUAACCAAAUUAGAUCCGUUCCUCAGACUGUAUCUGUGGACGGUAUCUAUCAGCCAGUGGUUUACACAACCAGAGGGAUGUGGCGGCCAAUCAAACAGUGGGGCUGGUCUCUGUGUUGCCAAGAGGAAUAAUCACUAUAGCAACCAUAUAUACCUCUCAUAUUGACAAUGAGGAAAAAUGAGGUUGGGUGGGUGUGAUAAAGAUGAGAAUCCAAAGGUGUGACAAAAACACUUGAGUUGCAUCAUCAAGAGAAAACACAGUGUUCUUUCUUUCUUGUUAGAAUUUGUACGAGUCCAUGACUUGGAUUAGGUAAAUACAACUCUGUUUUUUUCAGACCCUGCACUUACAUGGUUGCUGCAUGGGUCACAUGUCACUCAGCAACCACGUCUGAUGCUGCCAUGGAGGUUCAAAUAUGUAUCCACGAGCAAAGUUGAGAUAAGAACUUUUGUUGAAUUUUGCUCAAACUAGAUUAUGGCGGGGAAAAUAAUCAGUUAAAAACAAUAUAUUUUGUUCACCUUUGUCAUUUGGACUGAACACUCGCAGCUCACACCAGAUGGAGGGUGUGUUACACUCUCUCUCACUGCUGUGUGCGACUCAAGACUUUUCAGUGGAGAGGUGGAGGAGACAGCGUCGCCUCUUAGGAGAGACACAUGUAUAGUGCUGCAGCAGAGGGAGCUGAGAAUAGGAAACAUUAAGAGGAAUGAAGUGGUUAAAAGCGGGGGGAGAUGAAGAUAAAUACAGAAAGGGCGUGCGGGCACAGAGUCAGGGAGGGGGUCUAAUAUUCAGUGUGAGUUUCCACAAGGGCAGGACUUUAUGAACCCCUCAUGAAAAAACACUAUAAUCCUGUACAGCUCUCUCAGUAUAGGGAGGAGAAAUAUGUUAAAAAACAAAUAAAAACAAACGUGAAAAUGUGUGAGCAUAUGUGUGCAUACCUGUGCUUGUUAACGCACAGUGAAACGGGGUAAUAAUGAGAGGAACUGUAGCUGUCACCGCUUUGUUACUAUGGUUACACUGGCUUGAUGGUUUACUCUCGUUCGUGUUUCAUUUGGUUGUGCAAUGUAAAAAAAAUAAAAAAAUAAUAAUAAUCAACUGCAAGGCUGCAUGUACAGUAAAAUAGGGUAGGACUGUAAGGAUCUAUUUUUAUAAUGAUCAGGGUUCUUAAAUGUGCUCAGCUUGAGUCAAUCAAAUCAAUGAAAUGAACUCAAUCUUACCUCUGUCUUAUUGCAGUGACUGUGUUGACCAGUCAAAUGCUCAUUUGUAUGUGCCACAACAUGUCACUGUGUUUUUUGAUGGGGAAUUAAAACCAGUGCAAAUAACAAAAUCCUGUGUGCCUAACUCUGGCUGCCCUUAUUUUGUCAAUUUCUUAAUAUGCACGAGUGUGUGUCCAUUUUCUGAAGAAGCGCUGGUCAGAGGACGUAUUGUGUUUAUCUUGCUUUUAAAGGUUUUAUGAAAAAAAAAUAUGAAAUGCUUCCUGUGUUUUGUUUUAUUGAGGAAGAUAAACGGAAAAGCACAAUUUGAAAAUGAUAUUAAACCGGCAUGGAAGCAACGAGUAUACUACCUUUAAGAUAUACUUAAAUGAAUUAUUUACCUUUCUUUUGAAAUGUACUUCUUUUUCACAUGUGCUCUUAGCUUAAAGUGAAAUUAUGGAUAUUAUGAAAGCAAUUAGCUAUCAGAGUAGAUGACUUCAAAAGAAAAUCGGAAGGCUCAGUGGGCAUCAGUGAUCGGAGGAUCGUUUCAUUGACGUGGAAUUGAACCCACAAUUAUGUGCAAUUAUGCUUCAUGUCGCUAAGUUGCAGCACAAUAUAUAUACAUAUAUAUGUAUAUAUGUAUGUGUGUGUUAAAAUAUUUAUUUUAUGAGGGUGUUGUGUAUUACUCAGUCCAUUUGAAAUGUUUAUAUUAUAUUAUCCAAAAGUGUCCACUUUCAUUUUUGAAUUAUUAUAUCACAAUAACAUAAUGUACAAUAUGUGAAGACUUAGUAUGUCAGUAUAGUGUGUUUCUAAUGUCUAUUUCCACUAUGUAUUACUACUGUUGUUGUACAAAUCAAUUUCAAUGUAUAUUGCAUUUCGUCUUGCAGUCCUCAUCUUAUAUACCCUCAAUUAAAAGUGCAAAGACA